AUGGCCUUUCAGACGAACGUCUUCAGGAAUGGAGCCUGGGUGACGGAAACUAUCGACCUCCAAACUGUGCUUAGGGGCUCAACCACCACCGCCGCCACCGCCGCCCCUUCACUCCCUGCCCCGCCAAAUUGCGGCAUCCUGACGAGAACCAUCAUCGAGAGCCCUAUAGCCCGGUGGGUUCUCCCAGCUCGCCUCAGAUCUGCGCAUCAUAACGAUGUCGCCUUCGUUGGGGACCGUUACGUGAGCAUCAAUGAGCUGCGGAAGGAUGGCCAGCUUCAAGAGGUUCUGCGGAAGAGCGACUUCGGCUGCCGCAUCCGAAAUGCCCUGGUGAUUGGAAACAAGUAUGAGCACUUCCGCGUCGUGGCUGACGAAACUGGGCCCGACCAUAUCAAAAGCGAGGAUGAGGACGACGACACUCAGAUGGCCGACUUCAGCUCGGCCUCCGGUACCGGCGGCUCCCAUGGUCUGUUGCCGCCGCACUUGUUACUUCUCGUUCUUGAAUCCGGGUCCUUCGUUUUCCUCUUCAUCAGGAGGGACCUUCACGGAAAGCUAGAGUUCGUUGCCUCGCCCUUCCACAACCCAGCGAGGCGAUUGGGUCAUCUGGGCUUUCAUGUAGCCGUUGAUCCUCGUUCUCGUUACAUUGCUGUUGCUGACGCCCAAAACAAAUUUGUUGUCUACGAACUUGAAUCCAUGGAGUCCAUGAGCGACCAGUAUAUGCGUCAAAAGUCCAUCAACCCAAUCAAGACACAUCAUCCAAGGGCCAUCCAGGGGACAAUACUCAAGAUGGAAUUUCUUUACCCUCGCCCAGAGGAUGAACAGCAUGUUAUUCUCCUUCUCAUCGUUGUUAAAGGCGACAGAUCAAAGAUGGUUAUCUACGAAUGGGAACGUGGGGACGAUCUCAGCCAAGUGCUUGCAGAGGAGAAGCGUGGCCAUCGUAUAGCACCGGAGCAUCGCCUGCCACUCUUGAUUAUUCCUUUGACGGUGAGAAGCUCCUUCUUCGCGGUUUCCGAGCAUGCACUUGGCAUCUGCAAGGACCCUCUCCAAGGCCCUCCCGAUAUUGAGACGAUCAACCCGAUCAGCCACCCCACGACUUCUUUCCACCACGGUACUGGCGUGCCACUUUGGACGGCAUGGGAUAGGCCGGUACGAAGACGACGCUACUACGACACAAAAGACCUCAUUUACCUGGCUCGGGAAGACGGGGUGAUUGUCUUCUUCGAGUUUAAUGCAACAGACAUUCUUAGCGCCGCCAUGAAUGUCGGCAACUGCAACUGCAAUAUUUCCACCGCUUUCACCACAAUGUACGAUGCCUACUCUGAUGUAGCCAUCGUUGCGGGCGAUUCUGGUCCCGGAAUGGUAUUCCAGGUGAGGCGAACCGUUCGUGAGGCUCCAACGGCCGGUGCUGACAGACGAAAUAGCUCAAACCUCGAGAGCCCCUCGUUGAGCUUGGAACUAUCCCCAACUGGUCGUGUGCUGUUGAUUUUGUCACUACAGAUGCUCUGA